AUGGAUAACAAACGCACAGACAAGAUGGAAAGUUUAUUCACGCCGGCCACAGAAUCGCCACCUCCUGAUGCGGACUCGAUUAAAAGAGCCAGACAUUUGAUUAAAACAUACUCAGAGUCUUUUGGUAGUUAUGUGGAGGGGAUAGUUCGAGACGACUCGAAUGACAUACAAUCAUUGAGCAGCGUCCCUGUCUCUAUGCGUAAUUUUGGAAACAUGGACGCCCUAUCCUUCUCACCUGGCUCAGGUAAUGACGGCGAGAUUUGGAAAGAUUUUGUUGUUGGCGGGAACUCUAUGAUGAGAAAAGACUCUUAUGGCCAUGUUGAAAUAUCCACGAAAGCCGACAAUUUGGUUUGGGCAACCGCGCCCUUCAGUAGUGAAGAAGCCCACGCAAAGGGAACUGUGACUCUCGCAGCGACUGUGCCAAAGGAAAACUUUAGCAGAACACUAAACACGUCUUCAGUCAGUGGAAUAUGUAUUAAAGAUGAACAAGUUUUGCUCAAAAUGGAACCACAGACUUCUGACUUUUGUCCUUACACAGCGAAUAUACCGAACUUGAAUCCAUGUUAUCUUACCAGUACUGCGAGUACGCAGCAACUUGCAUAUGGCGAACAGCCGGAAACUUUAGCGCACUCCUCUCCACCUACUCAGAAGAUUGUUUUAGAUACUACGCGGUACUCGGCCGAAAUAAGUUCAGAUAACCCUUUGCCGCAAAGUGCAAAUAUCAAAACAGAUCCUUGUGGUAGUUUCUCUUCCUUUGUUGGUGAAGGGAUCCUUACAAGGACAUCUAUGGGCUACCCACAGCAAGCGCUGCAGACAUUGCCGGUGCUUAAGAGCGAACCGUUCAGGUUGUCUAUUUCUAGCGCGCCCGCGGAUUCUUCGUUUUGGUGCCAGUCCACAUGUCUUUCUGAGGAUCAUCAUCCGAUUGACUAUCUGUCACCAGCUGGACUCCACAACACCAAAUACAGUUCCAUGCACACGUACAGCUCCUAUUUAGGUGCGCUGCCCCAUAGGGUGUGUGCCAUCUGUGCGGAUGAGGCAUCGGGCUGUCACUACGGUGUCCUCACCUGCGGCAGCUGUAAGGUGUUCUUUAAAAGGGCAGUAGAAGGCCAUCAUAACUACCUGUGUGCUGGACGGAAUGACUGCAUUGUGGACAAGAUCCGUAGGAAAAACUGUCCUGCCUGUCGCCUCAGAAAAUGCUACCAGGCAGGAAUGAUAUUGGGAGGUCGGAAGCUGAAGAAGCUGGGGGCUCUGAAGGCAGCAGGGCUGACCCAAGCCCUUGUGGCCUACCCCCUGGCCCCUCCGAGGCUCUCUGGUGACAGCCAGGCCCUGAUGCCCCUGGGCUGCCCACCAGGGGUCAGGGAGCUGCACCUGUCCCCCCACCUCAUCAGCGUGCUGGAAAGCAUUGAGCCUGAGGUGGUGUACUCUGGUUAUGACAACUCCCAGCCUGAUAUGCCCAAUAUACUGCUCAACAGCCUCAACCGCUUGUGUGAGAGGCAGCUGCUGAGAAUUGUGAAGUGGUCCAAGUCAUUACCAGGUUUCCGCAGUUUACAUAUCAAUGACCAAAUGGCUCUGAUCCAGUACUCCUGGAUGAGCUUGAUGGUGUUCUCUUUGGGUUGGCGGUCUUUCCAAAAUGUCACCAGUGAAUACCUGUACUUUGCACCUGACCUCAUUCUCAACGAAGAGUAUAUGAGGAGGUCUCCAAUCUGUGACCUGUGCCUGGCCAUGCAGUUCAUCCCUCAAGAGUUUGCCAACCUCCAGGUGACCAAGGAGGAGUUUCUGUGUAUGAAGGUCUUGCUAUUGCUCAACACGGUGCCUCUGGAGGGGCUGAAGAGCCAGUCACAGUUUGAUGAGAUGAGGCAGAGCUACAUCCAUGAGCUCACCAAGGCAAUUCAACUGCGGGAGAAUGGCAUGGUUGCCUGCUCCCAGCGUUUCUACCACCUGACCAAGCUGAUGGACCACAUGCAUGAUAUUGUGAAGAAGCUCCACCUGUACUGCCUGAGCACCUUCAUUCAAGCGGAUGCCAUGCGGGUAGAGUUCCCUGAGAUGAUGUCAGAGGUCAUCGCCUCUCAGCUGCCUCGGGUACUCGCUGGCAUGGUGAAACCCCUUCUUUUUCACACCAAAUGA